AACGUAACGUAACGUAACGAAACAGAGAAAUAAAGAGAGGAUUAUAAAAACAGAUAGUUCAAAUCAGAUGGGUUCCCAACCUUCACACGAACUCAAUAAAUACGAAUAACAAACCAAUAAACCAAACCCAAACUGCUAGGUUUUGUUUGGUGUGACGCGCAGCGGAAGCCAUGGCUGAUUCUUCUUCGAACUUGAAAUCCGACGCGAUAAUGGAGCAGAUGAAGCAGCACCUCGCCACCGACUCAGGCAAACAAGUCACCAAAAAAAUUGGACUCGUUUAUCAGAUUCAAAUUGCUCCUAAGAAACUUGGAAUCGACGAGGUCGUCUACACCGUUGAUCUCAGGAAAGGAGAGGUCACUAAAGGGCCAUAUGAAGGAGGAAAGCCUGAUGCAUCUUUUUCAUUUAAGGACGAGGACUUUGUUAAGGUUGCCUUGGGGAAGAUGAAUCCACAGAUUGCUUUCAUGAGUGGUUAAUGGAUGUAGAGGUGCGAUGAAGAUUAAGGGAAGCUUGAGUGCUGCUCAGAAAUUUACUCCAGAUAUCUUCCCAAAGCCUUCCAAGCUGUGAGCUGAGAUGUCUGAAACUACUUGCACAAGGUUGCUAGAAUUAUCGUUUGCCUGCAGUCAAACAAAAUAGAUAGCAAUCAUAGCAUCAAAAGCUGAGGAUUAUAUUAUAUCUUUAGUUAAUACAUGGAUCAUUACUCCUAAGGUUGUAGAUGGUUCAUGAUUUUAAUAUAGCUGUGAACACCGAAGGAUAUUUAGAUACUGUUUUGCAUAUCUGCCAUAGAUUUUUAUUCUACUGUGAUUGGAUGUUUCAAGCUUGAAAAUAGUUAGUUCAUCGGGCAUUAUUUAGAGCUACUUUUCCAUUCUUUUGUCAUAAAUUCUCGGAUGAAUGCAUUACUGAGCCCAUACUUGUGGGAUGGAUGCUAGGAAUCGUGUUUUUUUUUUACUA